AUGGCACCAACCUUGCUCAAGAAAGCCAGUCAACAAUUCGUCCGUCUUUCGUCCUGCGAUUCGAAGAAUAUAUUUGAAGCGUCUCCAGGAUCCGAAUUCAAACUUGCAGAUGGAUCGGAGGCGCAAAGUUCGCGGAAGUUUCGCACUGGCGGUUCAAAAAGAUGGACACCUUUCCGGGGUGCUUUCAAGAACAUGAGAAAACGUGUCGAAGUAUCCAAAGAUGCUCACGAAUUCCCCGAGGACCAAGCCAAACCCCAUUUACUUUUCAGAUCUGUCCCAAGACUGGAACGUGGAACGAGAAGUCCAGAUGCAAAGGAAGCAGUAAUACGAAAGUUGGGGUUGCAUCCCACGGCUAUGGCAUCAAACUCUACUUUGGUAAUUCGAAACUCCCCGAAACGAGCACGAAGUUCUUUGCAGCUGGUCAAUCCUACUCCUUCCAGUGGACUAAUCACUCCACCCUCUUCUGAGGCGAGCGAUACAGUCACAACCACCGAUGACAGGUCCACAGCGAAAACUUCGAUGGAAUCUUCUAUGCUACCGAACUGGGAAAUCAUGGAUAGACGAUACAAUAGGCGAAAUCCAUGGACCCGCUCAAGCCCUGAAGGCCGCGCUCUCAGUACUAUCCCCGAGGCUGGUGUUGUUCAGGCUCGGCCUACCAUUGCAACUGUAGAGAGGGCAUCCGCUGCAAAGAUUUUUCUCGAGACUUACUUCAAUGAACUUCUCUAUAAACCAAAUGCAAGAGCGUUGCGGGGCCAGUGCCUCGAGUCUCAGUUGUGCAACCAUUUGCUAAUGACACCAGAGGAGAAGGAGAAGAUUCGAGUGCAAUAUAGAAGGCAGGAAACGUGCCAUCUCAGAGAGUCGAGGGCAAUGAGGGCAGGUUCCUUGGCUUAUCAUGGAAACCAGGACUACACCCCCUUAGUCAACAACUACGAGCCACUUCAAAUUUUAGGCAAAGGCAGUUUCGGAGUAGUAAGACUUGUACGUGAAAAGCCUGCUCCAGGACAUGCUUUCCCUGGCCAAGUUUAUGCUAUGAAAGUCAUUCGAAAGACAGAAAUGCUACGGAACAGCCAAGAAGGCCAUUUGCGGGCUGAGAGGGAUUUUCUUGUGGCUUCUGAAGGAUCACAGUGGGCUGUUCCACUGAUUGCCAGCUUUCAAGACACAACAAACCUCUACCUAGUGAUGGAGUACAUGCCUGGUGGCGAUUUUCUCGGAUUGCUCAUUCGGCAAAACAUUCUGCAGGAACCCAUUGCACAGUUUUACAUUGCAGAGAUGAUCCUUGCUGUUGAAGAGGCCCAUCGUUUGAACUUUAUUCACCGCGACAUAAAACCAGACAACUUCCUCAUUUCCGCGACUGGUCAUCUAAAAAUUUCCGACUUUGGGCUAGCAUUUAAUGAUCACUGGUCCCACGACGCAGCAUAUUAUAAUACCCACCGAUAUUCCUUGGUCCGAAGACUAAAUAUGAACAUCAAUGGUGACGAGACGGAUCAAAAAGGCAGUAAUGAUCUCCUGAAACAUCUUGAGUGGUACCAGUCUCUUGUUUCCGGACUUGACAGGCAUGGGAAACAUCCAUUGGCGAGUAACGAGGACUUGCGAAGUCUUAUCGGUUGGAGAAACCGACACGGUAACCGCACUGCUGCGCGUUCAGUUGUUGGCACCAGUCAAUAUAUGGCUCCUGAAGUUGUUCUUAAAGAAGGACGCAAGCAGACGAAACAAAACAUCGUUGACUUCAAGAAGAACUUCAAGUUUCCACCCAGGCCAUUCGUAAGCGACAAGUGCAAAGAUCUCAUCUGCCGCCUGAUCCAAGAGAAGGACAUUCGGCUGUGUUCAAGGAGGUACCAGGUCAAAUACCGGGAUUCAUUCAAAAGCUAUGUGUUUCCCGAUGACGCUGAAGAUAUCAAAGCACACAGGUGGUUCAGAAACACGCCCUGGGAUCGCCUGCAAUCAAUGCCUCCUCCAUUCACUCCGAACCUGAAGAGUGACGACGAUGCACACUAUUUUGAUGAAUCUGAACCAUUUGAAGACUGGUCUGAGUCGAUUCCCUCGGGUGUCUUUCUCAGAUCGGAAGAUGUCAAGGAGAUCCUUUUUGGAUUUGAUACCCAUGUGCAAGCAAAGGCUAUGGAGCUUAUCAAAAUCCCGUUCGACGCGGCCAAGCUUCGAAGUAUAGACCGGGAUAUUGAUGGAUCAAAGGAACUUCAGCCGAACGACAAGGCUACACUGAAGCAGUUCAUCAGAUUUUAUGGCCAUAAAGAGCGCAAACGACCAAGAGACAUGUUGCUCCGGGACAAGGAUACCAAAAAGACUUCAUUAAGAAUUCGAAAAGAGACGGCUUUCAUGGGCUAUACCUGGCGUCGGAUGAGACCUGGUGGAUAUAUCGAUCCGAAAGUAACGGAGAUGUCCAAAAUGGACGAAAGCCAGGCUUCGACACUGAAUAUUGAGCGUUGA